AAAAAAACACAAAUCUGUUUUGGACUUUUGGAGAUAUUUCGCGCAACAUUUGAAGAGAAUCCCUAUAAAUAAGGGGUAAGAAAUUGAGAAAAAAUAAACUACUAAACAAUGGAAAGGAAAGUAGGCAUAAUUGGAGCAGGCAUAAGUGGGCUUUUAGCAUGCAAAUAUGCACUUGCUAAAGGUUACCACCCCUUAGUUUUUGAGUCAAGAAACACAAUUGGUGGUGUUUGGACUCAAACUGUAGAAACUACUAAACUUCAAACUCCUAAACCACUUUAUCAGUUCACUGAUUUUGCUUGGCCUUCUUCAGUUGAAACUGUGUUUCCUGAUCAAAAUCAAGUUUUUGAUUAUCUUCAAUCUUAUGCUAAUCACUUUGAUUUGCUUAAGCACAUCAAAUUUAAUACAAAAGUUGUGAGUAUUAAGUAUGAAGGUCCAUCUGAUGAAGAGAUCCAAUCUUGGGCUCUUUGGGGUGGUAAUAAUGAUCCAUUUGGUAAUUUGGGUAAAUGGGUUGUCACCACCCAACAUCUUCUCAAUCAAACUAUUGAGGUUAUGCAAGUAGAUUUUGUGAUAUUGUGUUUAGGACGAUUUAGUGAUUUACCAAACAUACCAGAGUUCCCUUCAGACAAAGGUCCUGAGGUAUUUGAUGGCAAGGUUAUGCAUUCUAUGGAUUACUCUGCUUUGGAUUACCAAUCUGCUAGAAAUUUGAUCAAAGGAAAGCAAGUUACUGUGGUUGGCUUCCAAAAAUCAGCACUUGACAUUGCUAUGGAAUGUUCUGUUGCCAAUGGAGUGGAGAAACCGUGUACGGUGAUUUGUAGAACUCCGCAUUGGAAUGUACCGGACUACUUCCCAUGGGGAUUUCCUCUUGCGUAUUUGUAUUUGAAUCGCUUUUCUGAACUCUUGGUUCAUAAGCCUGGUGAAGGCCUUCUACUUAGCCUCCUAGCCUCUCUACUUCUACCAUUGAGAUGGUCUAUUAGCAAAUUUGUGGAGAGUGACAUAAAAAAGAAGCAUCGACUAAAGAAAUUCGACAUGGUACCAGAUCAUAGCUUCUUACAAGAGAUGAACUCGUGUUUGAUUUCGACUGUCCCAGAAGGAUUUUAUGAUAAUGCUGAGAAAGGAAGCAUUGUAUUGAAAAGAUCUCAAACUUUUAGCUUUUGCAAAGAUGGUGUUUUACUUGAUAAUCAUGCUAAAACAAAGGAACCUAUUAAAUGUGACUUGGUUAUUCUUGCUACUGGAUACAAGGGUGAUCAAAAACUCAAAGACAUUUUUUCGUCUCCCAAAUUUCAGGAUUACAUUAUUGGCUCUUCCAAUAAAACUGUUCCAUUAUACAGGGAAUGUAUCCAUCCACGGAUUCCACAACUUGCAGUGAUUGGCUUUUCGGAGAGCAUUGCAAACUUGUACACUUCAGAGUUGAGAUGUAAAUGGCUAUUUGAACUACUUGAUAGCAAAUUCAAACUACCAAACAUUCAAAAGAUGGAAAAAGAUGUGUUGGAAUGGGACAAGUUCAAGAAGAGGUCCUCAGGCAAAUACUAUAGAAGAUCAUGCAUUGGAGCAUUGCAUAUUUGGUACAAUGAUCAACUUUGCAAGGAUAUGGGCUUGAACCCGAAGAGGAAGAAGGGGGCUUGGGCCGAAAUGUUUGAGCCUUAUGGCCCAAAUGACUAUGCUUAAUUGCUUAACAUCUUUGCUUCUUCUUUUUCUGCUUUCUUUCUCUUGUGUGACAACAAUAAUGUAAUACGGAGUAAUGUAAUUUCAUUUGCGUUCACAUAUUCCAUUAAGUUCAUUUCUGUAAUAUUUAUCGCAUAUGUAUACUUAAAUGUACUUGUGAAAACAUAAACUCAAGAAAUUUUGUAUUAUAGGGCA